UAUUUUGGUAGCGUUUUCAAUGCUUAGACUUAACAUAAGCAUCGACGUCAAUAAAAAGAAAAACAAAAUAAAAACCCUGAAUCCUAUAAAUUGGAUUCAAUUCAUUGCCUCCACAAUUUUGAAACCCUCUUUGUAAGCACCGUCCAUAAUUCCUAUUUUAUUUAAUAGAAGAAGAGUGAUGGAAAACGAAGAGAAGGGAAGAAAACCAAGAAUUUUGUGUCUUCAUGGAUUUCGAACAAGUGGAGAGAUCAUGAAAAAACAGAUACAUAAGUGGCCACAAAAUGUUCUUGACAAACUCGAUCUUGUUUUUGUCGAUGCUCCUUUUCCUUGUAAUGGCAAAUCUGAUGUUGAAGGAAUUUUCGACCCUCCUUAUUAUGAGUGGUUCCAGUUCAACAAGGAAUUUACAGAGUACACAAACUUUGAUGAGUGUUUGCAAUAUAUUGAGGAUUACAUGAUCAAACAUGGACCGUUUGAUGGUCUUCUUGGAUUCUCACAGGGGGCGAUAUUAUCAGGCGGACUGCCAGGUCUUCAGGAGAAGGGUGUGGCACUCACGAAAGUUCCCAAAGUGAAAUUCCUUAUAAUAAUAGGAGGGGCAAAGUUCAGGGCACCUUCAGUGGUAGAGAAAGCAUAUUCUUCUCAAAUUGGUUGCCCUUCUCUUCAUUUUCUAGGGGAGCAUGAUUUUUUGAAGGAAUAUGGAAAAGAACUAAUAGAUUCUUGUGUUGAACCUGUGGUAAUUCAUCACCCAAAAGGACACACAGUACCAAGAUUAGAUGAUAAGAGCUUGAACACCAUGAUGAGUUUCAUAGAGAGAAUUCAAAAUGAUAUAUCUGAAAACAAAGAGGAGGUUCAGUCGAUGAGCUAAUACUUCUUUUAGGAUUAUGUACCUGUUUUUAUCUUUGACACCAUCAAUUAUAGAAAACGUUUUUCCGAAUAUAUAUUUUUGAAGAGGAUCCACACAUCUUUUUAUA